AUGGCACCAACACAGGCGUAUCCGUCGAUACAGGCUUUUUACAAGAGGGAAGUUCCCACACAAGGCGAUGGCUUCACGGAAGGCGAAUUGGCAGAUGCGCUUGACCCAUUGAACCGGAAGUGGGAUCCUGAACGAGAGUACGAAGAAUCAGGAAUUGCAGAACUAGUCCCAGGCCCAAAAGCCGUCACCUUCGUCGGGAGAGUCGUGAACGUGAGCACCGUUUGGGGCCGCAGCCAAAAGCAACCGAAAGCUGCGGGCUGGCACUACUUGAUAUUGAAAGAUGAUUUUGCUGCUAUUUCAAUCAAACUGUACUUCUCUCGCAAGGAGUACCCUCUCAAGCUCGGCCAGCUUCUUACUAUCUGGACAGUCUUCAUAUCUGAUGCAUCGAAGACCGACACAACGGUGAUACCUUCAGUACUUAUCUACGCCAACUUGUUCCCAGGCCGCGUCACUUCCGACCAUAUCAUGAUUCACACAAACAGCAGCACAGACGAGAUAUGCCGCGCACCGCUUGACUAUCACAAAGACCGAGCUCUCCCCGGUCUCAUGACACUCGACAGCUAUAUCAGAAGUGGCCACGAUGGCGUCGCCGGAGUGAAGAUCCUCGUCUGCAUCAAGAGCAUCGGUGCACGGAAACGAAUCACGACAAAAAAAGGAGCUGAGCGAGACCUAGCAGAAAUCAUCCUCUUUGAUCACACAUCAGAAGCGCGAUGUACGCUCUGGGGUGAACUCAUCGAUUCUGCGAAAGACUGGCAGCCUGGAAAGACGAUUCUCUUGAUCUCGAAUCCCGGGUAUCGAGUAGGAUACUCGGGGAAAGGAAACAUCGGCAUCCAACACUCGACAAUGAUCGAUAUCAAUCCCGAGUUUCCUGAUGCGCACUGGUUGAAGAAGUACGCAGCAGGAUUGACCAAGAAGGAAAGCCUGUGUUUGGAGUUCCCCGAAGAUGUCUGGGAUAUUGAGGCUGCGGAACAUGGGAUUUAUAGGAAUUUGUAUACGCUUGCUGAAAUUGAUGAAUGGGUACGCUCGGAGCCGCGCCAGGUCUUCACAGGCUAUAUUAAUGUCACUAUCAUGGAGAUGUCUCUCGUGCUCCAUCAUCGCCGCAACAUGCUCAUGUGCACAGAAUGCUGCGGCAUCCCCAUCUACGCCAACACGCUCCACACCACCUGCCUUAACUGCUCAAAACCCCUCACUCUCUCCCUAAACCCAAAAAUCAUCGGCACGCUCCUCGACGAAACCGGCAGCAUCGCAGCCGGGAAACUGCUCUGGAGUGCUCGCGCCUGGGAACAGCUGCUUGGCCGCACGCCAGCCCAGCUCUCAGACAUGAAGGGCGAGGAGAUCCGGGCGCUGGAGCAGCGCAUGGGCUUUUUGCGCAUGCAUUUGGUGUUUGGAUGGGCGGAGAGCGUGGGAAGAUUGGCGGUUUUGGGGAUGUGUAUGUGAGUGAGUUGUCUGGCUGGGGCGUGAUUAUAUGCUUUUGGGGGAGUUUUGCUAGAACAUCAAACCCAUACCUCCUUCUUUUCCCAACCCAACCAACCUACCUACCUACCUAACAAGCCCAAUCUCCAACCCAUACUAACGCAAGAUAUACAAUUCUCGAUCUUUCGAAUAUCCAUACACACACUCAAAGAACAACUUAUUAAGCGCCUCUAUAUAAGCAGGCUAUAGACAGUUGGAUUGAGCAGAGACUCUGGUGGGAUGUUUUUGGAAAUGCGGAUUUUGCUUUGGGAUAAGAUAAGGGUGUUUAUUUAUUUAUGUACGGUAAGGUAGGGUAGGUAGGUAGG